AUGGGUCGUCCACGCGUAUUUUUCGACAUUACUAUUGGUGGGCAACCGUCUGGUCGUAUAGUGAUGGAGCUGUUUAAUGAUGUUGUGCCGAGAACAGCAGAGAAUUUCCGCGCUUUGUGUACUGGCGAGAAGGGCAUUGGUAAAUCAGGCAAGCCUCUUCAUUACAAGGGCUCAACAUUUCAUCGAGUCAUUCCAAAUUUCAUGUGUCAAGGUGGUGAUUUCACUGCUGGAAAUGGAACUGGUGGCGAAUCCAUCUAUGGGAAAAGAUUUGAAGAUGAAAAUUUUAGAGAGAAACACAUCGGGCCCGGUGUACUGUCAAUGGCGAAUGCUGGUCCAAACACUAAUGGAUCUCAAUUUUUCUUGUGCACCGUGAAAACGGAUUGGUUGGAUGGAAAGCAUGUUGUAUUUGGUCAGGUUGCAGAGGGUAUGGAUGUAGUACAGAAAAUUGAAGCUGUGGGUUCGCAAACUGGUAAAACAUCGAAAGAUGUAGUAAUUGCUGAUUGUGGGCAGUUGUGA